AUGCUGCUGCUGCUCCUACUGCUGCUGUCAUCAGGUGAUGGCAAGGCUCAGCAUGUGUCUGGCCAGAAGAAGAAUGGCUCAUGUGUUUGUGAGGUGAACUCCAACAUGUGGUCGUUCCCUGCUGUGAAUUACAACGCCAUGCUGCAGCAGGUUCAGUCCUGUGAAGGAUCUUUGAACAGCCUGCAGGAAAAGUUGGAGUUGUCCAACCAGCGUCUUCCUCAGAUCCAGGCUGUGAUUAAGAAUGUUACGGAACGACUGGAGCCCCACCAGUACCUGAACAACCAGGGCCUGUACACAGACUUGUCCUUUCACCUGCUGAGCCAGGAGCUCAGCCAGCUGGAGACAGACAUCGGUGCCAUCCACAGCCAGUUAAACAACGGCCAAACACAGAAACUCUCCAAAGAGGUGGGUAAACUGCAUACAGAUGUUGACAAGAUGCACAUUUCCAAAACAAUUAACAUGAAGACUGUCAAAGAGAAGCUGCGCUACCUGAAGAACGGAGUGGAGUCCUGCAAGUCCAUCCCCAAAGACUUCAGAGGCCAGGGCAGAUUCUGCUUCAAGGGCCUGAUCUCCAACAUCAGCGAUCCUGUCAUGACUAAAGUCAGUCCCAAAGGUAAAACCUACAUCUCCGGUUCAUGGGGCAAACAGGCCCAGAUGGACAGUGAGGGGCAGAAGAGCAGCUACUGGGUUCAGCCUCUGCUCAACAGCCACAUCUGGGGCAACACCCUCCACAUAUACCAAACCUAUGAAGACUUCAUGGCAUCCGCCAACCACAAGGACUUUACCAUAGCUCCAUCCUUCACUCAUGCCAACACCAUUGAGGGUCCCAGUGCUGUUCUGUAUGGUGAAGCGCUGUACUAUCACUGCUACCGAUCUAUAGAUGUCUGCCGCUACGACCUGAACAGCAACACCGUCAAGCGGGUGACACUUCCAGGCACUGGCGUGGGUUUCAGCAACAAGUUCCCGUAUUGUUACUAUGACUGCCGUGUCAAUAGUGAUGUGGACGUGGAGGCAGAUGAGAUGGGACUAUGGGCCCUGUAUGCCACCGUUGGUAAUCAUGGUAAUCUUGUUGUGAGCCAGCUAGUCUGGGACAAUGAGGCUGAGACACUCAAUGUCUCUCAGACGUGGGAGACGAGGAUGUUCAAGAAAUCAGUGAGCAAUGCUUUCAUGGUGUGCGGUGUGCUUUACGCCACUCGCUAUGUGGACGAAUACCACGAGGAGGUGUUCUACGCAUUCGACACGGCCACAGGCAAAGAAGACAACUCACUAGCAGUGCCACUGGAAAAGGUAGCUAAAGGAGUGGCCAGCCUGAGCUAUAACCCCACCAACAGGCAGAUCUACAUGUACAACGAUGGAUAUCUGUUGGCUUACCAGGCCCUCUUCUGAUCUGCUGUGAAUGGCAACUAAGCCAUGUCAUUUAACACUUACAACAAGAAAUAAACAGAGCUACAGAAGGUCUAGCUCAGAAUAUGUCAAACAAUAUAUUAUGUAAACAGUCAGGUUCACCUUAUUGUUGGGAUAAUAUAAUAAAAAACUCUUAUUUUAAA